AUGUCGUUCUUCAGCCCGCCUCCAAAGCCCGAUAAUCCGUUGGCAUACCACCGCAUCCUCUCCCCCACAGCAUCCGUCAAAGUCUCUCCCUUAUGUCUAGGUGGCAUCAGCAUUGGGAGCUCAUGGAGCGAGAUGUUCGGUAAAAACGAAAACGCCGACUCUCUGCUUGAUGCCUUCUAUGCUCUAGGGGGCAAUUUCAUUGACACGUCCAACACCUAUAAUGGCGAGGACUCGGAACGGUUGAUCGGUGAGUGGAUGGAGAAGAGAGGAAACAGAGACCAGAUGGUCGUUGCGACCAAGUACUCGGCUGGCUACAAGGCGUACCAGAGGAAAGAACUGCCGUUGCAGAGUAACUACACGGGCAAUUCGGCGAAAAGCAUGCAUAUCUCUGUGCGAGACAGCUUGGCAAAGCUAAGGACAGAUUACAUUGACAUCCUCUACGUCCACUGGUGGGACUUUGCAACAUCAGUGGAAGAAGUCAUGACGCAUCUUCACGCCUACGUCAUGGCGAAGCAAGUAUUGUACCUCGGGGUGUCUGAUACUCCAGCCUGGGUGUGUGUCAAGGCAAAUGCGUAUGCGCGAAGCCACGGCCUCACACCGUUUUCUGUGUACCAAGGUCGAUGGAAUGCUGCGUACAGGGACAUGGAAGCCGAGAUCAUCCCCAUGUGCGAAGACCAAGGCAUGGCAAUCGUUCCCUGGGCUUCCCUCGGCGGAGGCCAAUUGAUGUCCACGCAAGAACGGGAGGCAAAAAUGAAGGACCCAGAUGCUCAUAAAGGGUACGGCUUCCGCGAAGCGGAUAUCAAGGUGUCCACAGCACUGGAGAAGGUCGCAGAAUCCAAGAAAACCACGACCCAGGCUGUAGCACUCUCCUACUUGCUCCACCAGUCGACUUAUGUCUGUCCAAUCGUGGGGGUCCAGACUGUUGAACAUGUCAAGGCAUUACCAGAGGCAUUGCGGAUCGGCCUUUCGAAAGAGGACGUGGAAGCGAUUCAGGACGCCGGAGACUACCAAGCCCCGUUCCCCAUGAGUUUCCUGUUCCAGUGGACUGGAGAAGAAAAGUACCAUCUGGGCCUUACCCCUGCAGAUAACACUCAAUAUCAGAUGGCAGCCUGGAUCCAGGCUCCACGGAAACAACCUUCAUACCAGCCGUGGGAAGGACUGUAA